GUUGUGACGUCAGGUUUCGUCCCUUUUAAUGUCCGACUUCGACUAGGAAACGUCGUCAACAUGCCUCUUGCAAAAGAUUUGCUGCAUCCGCCUGCUGAUGAAGAGAGGAGGAAGCACAAGAAGAAGCGUCUUGUUCAACAUCCCAAUUCAUACUUCAUGGAUGUGAAGUGCCCAGGGUGCUACAAGAUCACAACCGUGUUUAGCCAUGCACAGACAGUUGUCCUGUGUGUUGGUUGUUCGACAGUCCUGUGCCAGCCAACUGGAGGACGAGCUCGACUCACAGAAGGAUGUUCCUUCCGAAAGAAACAACACUAAAGAAAUGAAGGGACCCCAGCGCCUGGAGCCUAUCUUUGCUUCUCUGAAGACUGUUCCAGUCUGUGAUACAGGAAGAGUUGUUGAAGCCAUGAAGAGCAUCUACAGAUUUUAUGUGACCCAAUUCCCUCCCUUUGGCCUUGUCAUGGCUUCCUCAAUGAGGACUUCUCAAUAAAGGUGGAAUCCAGCCUGGGGUAACGAAACA